AUGUUGGUGCAGACGCUGGACUCAAAGUCCCAGAAUGCCAUGCAACUAUAUGGCACAGCUGCGCUGAGUUACGGCAGAGACUCAACUCAUUUACGUCCGCAAGAUGACGAGCGGGACGGCAUUGCUAGUGGCAUGAAAGUUGAAAAGUAUAAGAGUAUAAGCAUAAAAUCACAUUUUUGGACCUGUACUAUUCCGUAUAGUUCAACAGAUACAGACUCGCCAUAUCGCUCUGUAUCCGAUGCAGGUCUGUUGAGGUUGGACGAAGAAGUGGACAACGGCGUCUCCGUGAUCGGUCACUCUGAGCAUUUAAAGGCACAGCUGGAGGCUCUACUGCUGCACGGGAACAACAGCGACGUGUCUCUGCGUGUGGAGACGACAGACGGGGAUGAGGUGAAGGUGAUCCAAGCCCACAAGCUCAUGCUGUCUCUGCAAAGCCGUACCUUCCUGAAGCUGCUUGAGAAGAGGAACAGCAGCACGCUGGUGCUGAGAGAGAGUCCAGAGUGCACCGCCGUUUUCGAGAAGUUUAUCAGGUAUUUGUAUUGUGGUGAACUGUAUUUGCGUUUGGAUGAAACCUCUGCUCUGCAUGAGCUGGCCACCAAAUACGGUGUCUCAGUUCUCCAGCAUGGCUUGACUGAAUACAUGAUCCAGAAUCUGGCCAGUGCUUCUCUGGGCGGUCACGUGGUGCGCUGGUACGAGUAUGCAACCGGAGAGGGCGACGCCAGCCUUCGUGCCAGCUGCCUGCAGUUCCUGUUGCGGAACGUGACGUCGGUGUUACGGAGCUCGCAGUGGCCAUCGGUCAGCUCCCAGCUGCUGAUGGCGCUGCUGCAGCGUUCUGAUCUGGUGCUGUACAGCGAGCUCGAGCUGUUUAAGGCCCUCGAGACCUGGCUGAUGCACAAUGAGCCAGACAACGUGACAGUGGAAAAUGUACUGCGUGCAGUGCGUUACCCAAUGAUCCCACCACGUGAGCUGUUCCGCUUGCAGCGUGAGUCGCAGGUGCUCUUGCGCUACUACGAGUCAGUGCGUGAUCUCCUCUACAUGGCCUACCAGUUCCAUGCAGCACCCCCACCACAGCUUGCCAAGUUUUUUGAUGUGAACUGCAGCCUGUUCAUCCCACGCAACUACCUCGCAUCAGCAUGGGGCAGCGCGUGGCUCAUUAACAACCCAGCACGUGACGACCGCACGGCCACCUUCCACACACAGCUGGGCCCGAGUGCCCAUGACUCCAGCAAGCGUGUGAUUUGGAACGCACUGUUCUCACCACGCUCACGUUCUGAUGGUAACCCACGUAUCAUAAUCACACCUGCCAACUCCAGCCCUGACUUCGCCGGGGUCAUCUUCCAGAAGACGGUGAUCGUGUGUGUGCGGCAGCAGGGGCUUCUGGUGGUACGCCGUGUGUACAACUUCCACCAAAGCACAGAAGAGAACGGUGACUUCCUGACUGACAGCGACCUACAUGAGAGCUCUUCUGAGUAUUUGGUGGACGGCUGGCUGCACCUGCACGUUAUUAUCAAACCCGUCUAUCAGACACUUAUCUCCACAAAAAUAAAAUAA